AGUUCCUACAAUAGGGAGAUCUAACAAGCUUAAAUUACUUUAUGCACCUUCAGCCAACCCAGAAAUAACCACCUACAGCAGACCAGAUUAGCAACCCCACCAGGUUGGGGCACCUUCAGAGUAAGGCAAAUCACAACCCCAUUUGCCAGUGAGGAGGGGAGGGGUUGAGGAGUGGGGACCCUCCAGGACUUCACUAGCACCAUCUGCUUCCUGGACCUGCCCUGCACUGACCCCCAUCUUCACCCACUAGCCACUCAAGAGGAAGAUCAGUAGCAGCAAGAACAGAGAUCUCGAACCCCUUCUCCAGGAACCCAAAGAGGACAGCUUACUUUGGCUGGGGGGAGAAAUGAACCUGAUUACCUGAUUGGAUUCGUGAUAGGGGGAUAUGGACCCGCAGAAUAAACCAACGAUUAGCCAGAAGGAGGGGUCCCCGUGUGCCUCUGAUUAUCUGAGAUCAGCUGAAAUGACUGAGGUGAUGAUGAACACCCCAACUAUGGAUGAAAUUGGGCUGAAUAACCAAAAGGAUAGCAUCUCUUAUCAGAUCUUUCCAGAUCCCUCUGACUAUGAGUGCAUCUGCAAACUGAAGGACCGCCUGCCUUCCAUUGUGGUGGAGCCUACAGAGGGAGAAGUGGAAAGUGGAGAGCUCAGAUGGCCCCCAGAGGAGUUUGUGGUCCAUGAAGAUGGGAAAGAAAAGAAAGAAGAAAAAGAGAAAGAGAACAAGGAGCAGUAAAUCUAUUGAGGGGGCACCCAAAGGGGGCAAAAAAAAAUACAUGUAAACUGUAUUUUUUUUCCCAUCAUGGUGGAAAAUGAGUGAGCCACAGUAGUUCUGAAAAUGUCUAAUGACAGCUUCAAUUUUGCACCUGCGAGAUCACUGGGUUGGUUUUCUUUUUUUUUUAUAUGUAUUUUUUUUUCCGAAAGCAAUAUGUCCAGCAGCUGAGUCCUCAAUGCAAAGAUCAGCAAGGCCUUCUGAGAAAGGAAGUCCCUUAACUGGGGUUGGGGAAGUGUCUGCUGCUUUGAGAUCACUAUCUGAACUCUGCAUAGUCUAGAGAAGUUGUGAUAUUCCAGGGGGGGGUUCGGUAAAAGGCAGAGCAAGUAAGGAACAUUUUGAGGCAAAAAAACAAUCUACAAAAAUAAGAGAAAAUAAAGGUUUGAAGAAAACAACUCAGCAAAGAACUAUAGCCAGAAAGCAUUCAGAGGAGACUAGUGCUGGCUCAAAAGUACAUCAGUAGAUAGAGUCAUCAUCUCUCCCAUUUUUCUCUUUCCCCCCAUUUGUUCUGUUCAGAGUGUGUUUGAGUGGGUUAACAAGGGAGGAGGGGAAAGAGACCACACUGGGAGCUCUCUAUUGUCAAAACAGGCAAAGGGUUGUGAAGCAGGCAUGUGGGAAAGUCCCUUGAUCACCUCCCUCCUCCCCUCCUUUUUUUCCUCCCCCCGCUCUCCCUCUUCCUCUGCAAAAGAAUUUCCCCCAUGUUUAUCUGCUUUUUGUUGUUGUUGUUUUGUGGGUGGGCAGGGCAAGACUUUCUAGGCUCCAUUUCCCAAAAUAUUCAUCCAGUUUUUGUUCUUGGAGCCCUAGUAUCCCAUGUUCCCUUGUAGGGAAUGGGGAAGAUAGGAACGCCCUAGGAUAAUUCCGUCGCCCUUCUUAGGGUGAAAGGCACAUGUCAGUGGACUUCUCUCCUCUCUUCAUUCCCAUAGCCUGAGCAGGAAGUUGGGGAAUGGUUAGGUUCUCUUUCUUUGAUUCACUCUUUCUUCCAAAGACCCUGUACCAAUCUCUGAGCUGAAUAUUCUGCUCUCCCCUCCACCAGUCUGAUUUAGCUAGGUCGCUUCCUAUUGGCUUUCAGCCUCCCUUUCACCUUGAAUCUUCUCUCUCCUUUUUAUGAAAAUCAGAGGAGCGAGUGGAAGAGAAACUUGUAUCCCCUGGUAUUGUUUUUGGGUGGGAACUAAGACUUCCUUCUGGUCAGGAAGGUCACUGGAGCCUGGGAAGUGGUAGGAUUAAGGGUUGGGGAGUGGUAGGGACAGGAGGAGGAGAAGCGAGAAGGGUAGCACGUGGUGGCUCGAGUGCCAGCAGUAUUGUGACCAAGUUGGAAAUUAGAGGGUGUCAUGAGAUACCUUGCAGCUUUCCAAGUUCUGGAGAGGUAGGUAUUGUCUGUGUGUGGCAGGGAGGGAGGAGGCUUAUCCUGGGUUGCUUUGAGGAGGCUCCAGGAAGGAAAGGAUAUUGUACUCAGACCUGACUUCUCCCCAACAUCCCCCUAAUUCUGCCCCCCUCCUCCUCCUUCCUCUCAUCCUUCUUGGCCCUUUGACUGGAAGGGCUGCUUACACAGGAACACUGGGAGCUCACUCACUUACGAGCCAGCUACAGUGAAGCUCCUCCAGUUUGGAAUCCAGGAUCUAAAGAACAAAUUAUAGAAAUAUCUCUAUCUUGUUGCCAGAACCUGUGUGACUUCCACUGAGGCAGAGAGAGGCAACAUAGUGAGGAAUCAGACUUGGAAGCAUUCCUUGGGUAUAACAAGGGAACCCAAGGUACUGGACCAUGGCCUCCCUACUUCUAGUCAGUCCCAUUUCAGCUCCUAGUCUUGGACUGUGUGUAAUAUAUUUGUAUUUAAUACCUCAUGGGUAGUAUGGUGUUGGGGAAGGCUGGGGAAGGGUGUUGCUUUUAUAUAUUAGCAGGACCAGGUUUGAGAGGGGUAUCCCUCUCCUCUCCAUCCCCUCCCCCCAAUCUCAUCCACUUGUAUUAUAAACAUUGAUGGCAAUAAUUUUUAGCUCCAUACUGUGGCAGCAGACCAGCAGGUGGGGGGAGAUGACCCACUCCCUACAGUUUCUGCUGGUGACCCAUGAUAGGUCUGCCUCUCUGUUUCUCUCUCUGUCUAUCUGUCUGUCUGUCUGUCUCUCUUUCUCCCCCCUUUCUCUUUUUUCUCCUCUCUCUUUCUUUCUCUCCCUCGCUCUCUUUCCUCUUUCUUUCUCUUCCCCCCCUCCCCUCCCCACCUCCCCUCUCUCUCUCUCUCUCUCUCAUAUUGUGGUUUAGUGGCAAAGAGCCAGUCAUCUCUGUCGUGUAACCCUCACUGUAGUUUUGAUCAUCAUUUAACUCCUGUGGAGGAGAGAUUUGGGGACUCACCUAAUGACUCCUUGUAUUUUCAGAUCCCUCAGUAGGGUGGUGGGUACCCAGUCCCCCAUCUGCUACCUGUUAUCUGUCCCAGUCUUGCUGUGUGAUGAAAUGUGCUUUUGUACACUGCAUAACAAACCAUAACAAGCCUACUAUGUGUGUGUGUGUAUGUGUGUAUGUAUGUUUAUGGCUGGUGGGUUAUUAUCUUACUGGUCUCCAGACCACUCUCUACCACCAUUUAGAAUUCUGAGCAGGUGAGGGGCCAACAGCCAGCAUAGGCCAGGAUCUUCAGAAGGGUGGGCCCUCUUGGGUGGAUCCCAUCUACCCUUCCUUGGAAGAGACUAUGCUCUUUAUCUGGCCUCUGUGUUGUUGUGGGGUUUUGUUUUUUAUGUUGAUGUUGAUGUUGUUGUUCUCCCCCACCCCCUUUUGGGAAUAAUUUGUGUGUAUUUCUAACUGAAUGUAUCCCCCCCCCAAAAAAAAUCCUUCAGUAAAAAAAAAGCCUGUUGCUUGAUGAAUUUUCUGUAACUUCUGUCUGUUCUUUUUUGAGGCUCAGGGAGAAACUAGCAUUUUUUUUUCCAAAACUACUUUUUUGUCACUGUGACAGUUGUAAAUAAAGUUUGAAAAUGCUUUCCA